AUGUCCAACAAGCAAUCUUACGCUACUGCCGUUUCGAAGCAGACCGACGCUGCCGCGGGCGGGUCUGGACAAGGGGAAGCUCCUCCACCUUAUACCGCACCCUCAGGCUCUGGACUGAAUCAGCCGCCUCACCAGACCCACUUGCCGGUACGAUCGCAAGGACUGGUCCACCAGCACCUCGGAGAUGGAUACGGUACGACUGAAUCAUACCAUCCCACUUCGGAGGGCGGAUGGACACCUCCCGCAUCAGCCGCGGUGGCCAAGUCGCGAGCCCUCAGGCGGUUCUGGUUGGCGAUGAUGUGGGCUUGGUUGAUCUGGAUUGCUGUCGGUCUGUUGAUAGGAGGCGGUAUCUCGGAUGUCGAGAACAACCCACCAGGGCGGAGCGGACACUGGGAUAAGCACGGGAAGUGGCACGAUGACCGCUGGGGAUAUGCUUCGCGUCUGCUCGGGAAAGGACAAGCGGAAGCUGCGGCGAUGGAGCAGGUGGUGGUGAUGGAGUGA